UUGAUCAGUAAGUGACAUCAUUCCGAGGAAGCAAGAUGAACAUAUUUAUUAAAUUAUUUUCUGUGUUAUUGCUUUCACAAUUUGUGGAUAGCAGAGUAGCAUCUGGUGAAAUAUAUAUAGAAACCGAAAGUGAUGAAUUAGCAUCUAUUCCAUGUAUUCUGAGAACGUUGCAAGGAGGAGAUCCGUUUCCAUCAGUGGUUGUGAAAUGGCAAGGUCAAGUGCAAAGGCUGACGUGGAAUCAGGAUAGAAGUAUAAGAUUGGAUGAGAACUACAACCAACCCCAAGUGUCACAUUCCUAUCCGACAGGAGGACUUUCUGGAGGAGGACAGACAGAAGUUACGGAUCCUUUUCAGAACGCACCGGUAGUUCCAGACUCUUACAAGAUUCAAGAUAUUAAAGACUGGUUUAGUAAGCAAUGUAUUCUCCCUUACUAAAUGUUGUAAAAUAUAUAAAAAUAUAUUUCUGUGCU